AUGGACACAGAUGGGAGAAACGAAAAGAUUGUCCUAAGAGACCUGUCUCAGCCAAGAAGCUGCAAUCGACACACAGGAGAGUGUGUGAAAGUUUGUUCCAGUCACAGUGACACUGGUCUGUGCCGAUGCAGGGAUGGCUUUUCCCUCAGUAAACAAGGCAAUUACUGUGAAGAUAUCAACGAAUGUGCCCUGUGGAAUCAUGGCUGCUCACUGGGAUGUGAGAAUGUUCCGGGCUCAUACUUCUGCACCUGCCCUAAGGGUUACCUGUUACUGCCCGAUUUGAAGACCUGCCAAGAGACUAAACCAUGUGUGGAGAAUGGUACAGUUUGUGAUCAUGCAUGUGUACACACUGCGGAAGGAGAUGUGUGUGUGUGUCCAGAGGGAUCUGUACUAAAUCCUGACGGCCGCUCGUGCACAGGCUGUUUGUCUGCAGAUCGAGGGGGCUGCAGUCAGAUGUGUGUGACUUUAUAUCCAGGCAGGUGGAUGUGUGAGUGCCAGCCUGGAUACCAGCUCCAAUCUGAUGGAAGACACUGUGCUGCCCCAGGACCUCCAAUGUACCUGUUGUUUGCCAAUAUAGUGGAUAUAAGACAGAUUAACGCAGAUGGCAAAAAGAGCAAAACACUUCUGGAGGAACCGAGAGGCAGUAUCAUAGCUGUGGACUACGAUCCAGUGCAGAAACAGGUGUAUUUUGCAGAUAAAGGCCUGAAGCGUAUUGAGAGGGCUUCGCUGGAUGGAGGUUUCAGAGAGAUGCUGUUCUCCACUGGACUCGACUCACCCGAGGGUCUGGCUGUGGACUGGGUCCAUCGCAAGCUGUACUGGACUGAUAGAGGAUUAUCUUCUAUUUCCCGUAGCGAUUUAAAUGGCCUUGACAGGGAGAUCUUUAUAGAUAAAGACAUCCAGAAACCCAGAGGCAUUGCCCUACAUCCUCAGGCACAGAAGGUAUAUUGGACAGACAUGGGUAGUCGUCCUGCAGUGGAGCGCUCAGGUCUGAACAGAGACGUGCGUGAAGUUGUGGUCAGCACCGGUCUGGUGUCUCCUAGUGGACUAGCAGUUGAUCACGGUUCCCAGCGUCUGUACUGGUGUGACCUGAGCAGAAGUGCGAUUGAGUCAGCCAACCUGGAUGGUUCUGAUCGCCAUAUGCUAAGCAAGAACCAAGUAGGUCGCCCAUUUGAUGUUGCAGUGUUUGAGAACGUGCUCUGGGUCAGUGACUGGGACGGUCACCUGCUCUACCGCCUAGACAUGAGAACUGGACGAAACCCUGAGCGUCUCAGUGACAUCUCUGUCCAACCAGCUGCUCUGGUUGCUGUCCAUCCUCUCGCCAAAACAGGAGCAGAUGUUUGUCUUCAUGAAAACGGAGGAUGUGCCCAAGUGUGUGAGAGCAGACUGGGAUUGGCUCAUUGCUCAUGUCACUCAAAGCACGUUCUUUCAGCUAAUGGAAAAGACUGUCUGGCAAUUAAUACAUCAUUCCCUGAAACAGAUGAUGGUGAAUCAAGUGAUCGUUUGAGAAAUAAAACACUGAAUGAUGAGAGCACACCACUGGUCAUGCUUUACACAGAGAGGAUGGUUUCAGACCAGAAUGACUGCUACUCUGUCAGAUGUGAUGUGAACGCUCGGUGUAUGCAGAAGGAAGGCCGAGCCGUGUGUCAGUGUGUGAGAGGUUUUGCUGGAGAUGGGGAGCUGUGUGUGGACGUUGAUGAAUGCAAAGCAGGCCUGGCAGAUUGUAGUAUAUCUGAGGCUGAGUGUGUGAACACAGCAGGUGGAUAUUUCUGCCAAUGCAAGACUGGAUUCAGUGGAAAUGGUCACUACUGUAUGGAUAUAGAUGAGUGUCAGUUAGAUAUGCAUGGCUGCGAUGUAAACGCUGACUGUUUGAAUGCAGUAGGAAAAUAUCAGUGCAGAUGUCGACCUGGGUUCACAGGCACAGGAUUCAUCUGUCAUGAGGAGUUUAAGAGCGCCUCCUCUUGGCCGAGUACAGGAAGUCCACUUGAUGUCACAUCGCCAUGGCAACACAACAAUGCUGUGCAGAGCUGCCCCUCUACACACGACUCAUACUGUCUGUAUGACGGAGUGUGCUUCUAUUUCCCUGAGAUGGAGUCUUAUGCCUGCAACUGUGUGUUAGGUUACAUGGGGGAGCGCUGCCAGUUCAGUGAUCUUGAAUGGUGGGAGUUGCAGCAGGCUGAAGAGGAGAAGAGAAAGAAUAUGGCUAUAGCAAUGUGUAUUGUGCUCCUCAUCAGCCUUCUCUCCAUCGCUGCCUGCAUCACCUACUGCUACGGGUCUAAAAGACAUUUUGGAACAUGUCCCUCAGAGGAUGAUGUGGGUGCCAUAAGCAUGAGUGGGGACAGUAUCACUGAGUCAACAACAGCCACUCCACAGGUCUAUGUGGUUUUGGAUACUUCUCCCUGCGGUGAUGAAAAGGUCCUUCAUGUUGUAGGGUGUCCCAGAACAACAGUAUGCCCGUCAUGCUCUUCAAGCACCAGAGACAGUUUUGCUUUAGAAGAGGCUGGAAAGCUACAGACUCAGGAUGUUGCCAACUGUUCUGUAUCCUGCGAUAUGCACACAUUGCUGGUUACAGAGAAGACCACUGAUAAUCUCAUCUCCUUAGAAGACCUUUCAGGCAACACCACAAUGAUUCACCAGACUAAAGUCUUCAUUCCAGACUGACUCAUGAACUGAUUAUGUGAAUAAGUUCAAUGUUAAAGUCAUUGCCAUUCAGUUUUACAGUACAGCCAAAUGACCGAGUACAUAGAAGAUGUGGUUAUUUGAACAAGAUUUCACAUUCAAGUUGCAUCAGUUUUUUGUCAACAGAUUUCAUAAAAAAGUAGGUCGCUACCUGGUCACUAAUUGUUGAAGUAAGAUUUGUAAAACCAUUGCACAUCCCUCAAAUGGUUUUAUGCAAAACCAUCUGAGCUACAUAAGAGCUAUAGAAUGAGAUCAUGUAGGUCAUCUAAAGAGAGUCUUGUUUUUCUGCUUUUAAGGUUGCUGUUUUUUGUCACUUUUGAGCCACUAGACAUUGAAUCCAUAGCUCUGUAAAUAGUAAAGAUACUUUUUUGUUGUUGAGAUGCAGAGCAUAUUGAGUAGGAUCAUAUAUUGAAAUUUGUAUUAUAGUUAUGAGAAAACUGUCAUUGUUUUAAUAAUGGAGCAAUGUUGGUUUGAGGUGGUGAAGAGAAAAACGAGAAACAUCCUGCUUUGUGAGCAGAAAAUAACAUGUACUUGGCCUAUUUUGCUUCAGGUGGUAAAGAAUAACAUUUCAGUGGCGUAUCUGGACCUGCUAACAUCAGCAUUGGUUUCACAAAGAGAUUACUGUAUAAAACACAUCCUACGAUGAACCAACUAUAAAAACCUCAGGUAUCAAAACAUUAUUAAAUAAGAUAACAAGAUAACAUUUGGUAUCAAAAAGAUAUAAACAGAUAUCGAAACACAAUAUUUAAAUGAAGUAAGGUCUCAGAUUAGUGAAUGAAUCAUGCUUUAAUUAUUCAAGAACAAGAAAGUUUAGUAGGUUAGAUUCCUCUCUGCCUCUCCUCAGACAAAUGUCUCACAUAUAUUCUAAGACGUCAUGGGAAAAUAAAAGCAGCAAGCUAUAUCUUUAUCUGUCAAUCUAUAUCUGUCUAACUAACAGAAAAUGUAUAUGCUGGGAUUAUAAGGUUUUAACCUACUUCUGCUAUUUUCAACCAAAAGGCUAGAACAAGGACGCUGAAGGAUGAUUUAAUAAAUGAGACCAGACAGAAUAACAUCUGACCUGAUGCCUUUUGUUCUCACUCCAUUUUUCCAUUUCUUUUGAACUUCUUUUUUUCUUGUAAUUGAUGUAAUGUUGGAUAUACAUAUUUAUAACCAAACUGUAAGAUAUGCACAUGUAAACAUCCCAAAAUAAAACAAGAGAAUCAGAAGCUCCUCGUGCAUCAUGUUC